UCCAAUCUGCUCAGACGACUGGGCUUAGAGAGAGACGGGCAGAGCUGUACACCAGAGGUAAUGGGCAUCCAGAGCAAAAUGGGCUGAUGUGCUCUAUGUGAUUAUUCCUGACGUAAAGGCUAUGCUCAGUGACGAGCGUUUCACUGAUAUAUUCUUGCCCAUACAAAUGAAUAGUUCGAGGAAUUCGUGUAAAGUUUUUCGACAAUCUAGUCACUUCCCAGGAACCAAACAAACUUAGAAAAACCGAAAAAUACUUUUGGUAUUUUGUAAUCCACAAAAGAUUGGAUCGAGGAGCUUAAACAGAAAAUAAAUAGGUGACCAUGUUGGAAUGAGUGUUCCCCCCUCGACGUUUCUGUAGUGGUCAGUAAGAGAUAUAGUGGACAUUAUUCUUCGCAUCAGCAUGCAGCGAAGUGUCCGGCUUAACGAUUCUCAACUUCUGACUUUAGCAGAGAAAGCUCAACACGAUAAUGGCACGAGAGGCUAUUUAUAUAAGCGGACGGCAGACGCGAGCAAGUGGCAACUACGAUGGUUCAUUUUGUACCAGAAUUUACUCUUUUAUUACGAGAACGACUCCGCGGCUCGCCCGUCCGGGCUUGUGUUUUUAGAGGGAUGUUAUUGUGAGCGGAUGAUCACACCAACAACAGGCAAGACCAGCGGCACUACACAGUAUUGUUUUGCCAUAACGUACCGCAAGGAAGGAGCCAGGCAAUAUGAGCUGAAAGCUGAGACGGAGUCGGAGUGUAACGCCUGGAUACGUGCCAUUGAAGGAGCAAGUUUCAGUAAAAUCUUGCUACAAAAAGAAGAGCUAGAACAAAAACACCUUCAUCUAGUCCAGAUUGUUGAAAGUGAAAAAACUGCAAAAUGGCAGUAUACACAGCAGUGUGAAGAACUUACCUGUGAGAUUAAAAAACUACGAGCUGAGUUGGGUUCGCUGAAAAGAGAAUGGCAUCUGACGCCUAAUAGCUCAGAGGAAGAAGAAAGCGACGAAAUUAAGAAAAUUAAAAAGGUUCAGAGUUUUUUUCGAGGCUGGUUAUGCAGAAGAAGAUGGAAACAGAUAGUUGCUGAAUACAUCAAUACCCCACAUGCCGAGAGCAUGCGCAAACGUAACAGUCUAGUGUUCCGGAUGGUGGAAUCAGAAGAGGAGUACGUUGAACAGCUACAGAUAAUGGUUUCGUGUUUCCUGAGGCCAUUUAAAAUGGCUGCCAGCUCCCAAAAACCGCCGUGUUCUCACGAUGAAGUGAAUUCGAUAUUCCUAAAUAGCGAGACCAUUAUGUUUCUGCACCAGAUAUUUUUAAAAGGGUUGAUAUCCCGAAUGGAAAGCUGGCCUACUCUAGUUCUGGGAGACUUGUUCGACAUGCUGUUGCCAAUGCUUACGAUUUACCAAGAGUACGUCCGUAAUCAUCACUACACUCUACAAGUCCUAGCCGAAUGCAAGCAAAGGGAAAAGUUCACUGCGAUGCUCCGACGUUUAGAGGAAAAAGCAGUUCUACAGGGGAACGUCUUGGAGACUUUCUUGACUUAUCCCAUGCAUCAAGUACCACGUUAUAUAAUUACUCUUCACGAAAUACUCGCCCUAACCCCUCACAACCACGUAGAGAGGAAAAGCCUGGAAAAUGCAAGAAUCAAAUUAGAAGAACUUUCAAGGCAAAUGCAUGACGAAGUGAGUGAAACGGAAAACAUACGGAAGAACUUGGCCAUAGAGAGAAUGAUUACCGGUGGUUGUGAUAUACUUCUGGAUGUUAACCAGGUUUUCAUCCGUCAAGGAAGUAUGAUUCAAGUAAUAGGAGGAGACAAGUCAAGACUACAGCGCCCUCGUACAAGAGAAGCCGUGCGACAGUGUUUUUUGUUUACCAAUCAUAUUCUCUUAUGCACUCGAACUUCAGGUGGAAAACUACAUUUGGUUGAAGGUGUCGGGAAAAUCCCACUGGCCCAUGCAACACUCAUCGAAGAUCCAAAUGAACAAUUCCAAUUCACAGUAGAAGAAGCAGACGGGUCUUCGAGUUCUGCUUCAAGUCAAUCGAGCGGGUUCAGUGAGAUUUCACAAGCGACCGCUGGUGGCGCUACUGGACAGAAAGAUUAUGGUGGUUUGGACUUGAAGAUUGUCAUUGACUCCAAAAAUGGACCACCUGUAACAGUUUACUUGGUGGCUCCUACGAUGCAAGAAAAAGCAGCAUGGACGAGCGAUAUUAGUCAGUGCAUAGACAAUGUACACUUCAAUGACCUUUUCCAUGGAACCAUGAGUGACUUUUCAUCUGUAACAAUGCCUCACUCAGUCAGGAACGAUCCAAGGCUUUACAAAGAUGACGUGGAUAUCCGAUUUAGUCGCACACUUAACUCCUGCAAAGUUCCUCAGAUACGUUAUGCUAGUCCCGAACGGUUAUUUGAAAGGUUGACUGACUUGCGGUUUUUGAGCAUAGAUUUUCUAAAUACAUUUCUUCUCACAUACCGGGUGUUCACUGAUGCUGUUACUGUCCUGGAAGCACUCAAAAAGGUUCAUUACAGUCCAGAAUUCCAGUUGAGUGCCCUUGGAUCAUCGCUUUUGGAUUCUUCAGGAUCCCUGGAAGUCUUAUCUGGAAUGCAGACAGAUGGACAGGCUGACUUAGGCAUGCUUUAUCCUGACUAUGAUUACACUAGGCGUAUUAGUACAAGUAGCAUGAUAUCGGAUAUUGGUGAAACUCGUGACCGUGAGCAAAGCAUUGCAGGAACUGAUGCUUUGAUGCACAUUCACCAGGCUCAACAGCUACAAGCAGCCAAAAGUCAACAACAUUGGCGUCUAAGCUACAGAAAGUUUGAGGAGGAACAAAAGGAACAGAGUUUAAAACGGAUCCGAGAGACAUCACCUUUGUCACCAAGCCCUGAAUCCUUGUCUGUGCCAGUUCCCCCACCUCCUACUCCAGAACCGUCUCCUACUUCUUUAGGUGGAAGUCAAACCAUACAAGCUAAAGGUCACAAAGGUGAAGAAAGUGCAGGGGUAUCACGACUAACAGUUCCUGGAUCUAGUGCAAAAACUCUACAGCCAUCUGAUAAAUUACCAUUUGAAACAACAACUUCUAACAUUUCAGUAAAUUUAAGCAGUGUCAUUAGCACUCUGGCACGUGCAGGCUCCGAUUCACCAAAACCUAGUCCAGUGAGAAAGUCUGCACCACACCGCCUCCCUUCUGAAGAAAGCACAACAAAAACACCUGAAGGGACCCCCCCUCAGACUCCUCCACCUUCUGGUCUUCUGUCUUCUCUAACCUCCUCAGGUUUACCCUCCUUUGCUACUCGCUUCCAGUCUGAAAAGUCACCACGACCAAUUCAUCCACCAGUACAUCCCAGCCAAUCAGCCCCCAAUGUUAUAAGUUACCUGAGGAUUAGAGGAGACUUGUAUGUUCGUGUAAGAGUUCUUCAAUGUGGUGAUUCCAGAUCUACAAUGGUUAGUAACCAUACAUAUUUCACAAGGUCCGGCACGGCAUCGGCAGCUGCCGCUUUUGCUGCAGCAACUGCAGGCUCUAGUAAUCCUCCUGAUCCUUUAUCACAACCUGGAUCUCGAAUGAGUAGUAGGCUUCCUAGUGCAGUGGGACCAGAUCUGAAAAUACCAAAUGCCAAAGAAAAGAGGGAAUCCAUGAUCAGUACAGCUGCCACUAUGAGAGUGUUAAAUGUUCUUAGACACUGGGUAUCUAAACACUCUCAGGACUUUGAAAAUGAUCCUAAACUUCUACAACAGACCACAGAAUUUCUUGAGGAACUCAUUCACAAUUCGAAUCUACUACCAGCUGAGCACAAGGCUGCUGCACAAAUCUUGCAGAUGAUAACCUCAGAAGAACAAGAGAAGACUAAGGUGGAUCUAGAUAUGCUCUUGGCUCCACCUUUGACUCCUAGUAAGGAAACAGUAGAGAGUUUGUCAGCCCUAGAACUUGCAGAAGGUAUGACCUACCUUGACCAUCAAAUCUUUGUUGCCAUCAGGAGCGAGGAAUUCCUGUGCCAGGCAUGGAUGAAGGCUGAGAAGGCGACUAAAGCUCCCCAUAUUUUGUUGAUGACUCGAAGAUUCAAUGAUGUUAGUCGACUAGUUGUUUCAGAAAUCAUGAGAACACCAGAAAUGUCCAGAAGGGUAGCAGUUAUUGACAAAUGGGCAGCAGUUGCUGACAUCUGCCGAUGUUUACACAACUUUAAUGGAGUCCUCCAAAUUUGUGCUGCUUUCAUGAACAGUUCAGUGUUUCGACUUAAGAAGACCUGGGAGAAAGUUUCAAAAACAACCAAACAAACUGUAGAUAAACUACAAACACUGGUGUCUGCUGAUGGGAGAUUUAGAAACAUGAGAGAUGCACUUCACAGGUGUGACCCUCCUUGUAUCCCUUACUUAGGAAUGUACCUGACAGAUCUUUCCUUUAUUGAAGAAGGAACCCCAAACUUCACUGAUGAUGGCUUGCUAAACUUUUCCAAGAUGAGGAUGGUUGCACACGUCAUCCGAGAGAUUAGACACUUCCAGCAGACUCCUUACAAAAUUGAAAUGAAUCCAAAGGUGACCAACUACUUUUUAGACCCAAACCACUUAAUGAAUGAUGAAGAGCUGUAUCAGAUUUCACUAUGCUUAGAGCCUCGUUUAUCUCGGUUGUGUACUAAAAUUACACCACUUCCAGCAUCUUUUGGACUUUCCGGAAGUCAUGGGACCUGAAAAAGAUGUAUAGUAGUAUUAACUUUAAACAUUAUUUUAUGAGUUGUUUUUUCGUGGCCAACCUCAUUCCAGUUUAGUAUUGAUAUUUUAUUUUUUGUUGUUAUAGUUCACUGUUAGUAUAGAAAAUGAUGUUAUACACGCUGUUUUAUUUUGUAUAAGAGGCCUUCAGUGCCAGUUUAUACUCAGUAUAAUAGGUUUUUAGUCUAAGUUGUAUCUGGAUGAUACUUUCUUGUCACUCCAGCCUUUCAUGCCAUUUUAGUUUCCUACACCUCUUUCCAAACCAUUUGUAGAAGGAAAAAUUAUAAAUGUUCAGUAAUUAAAUACUCAGUGUUCCAAUUCA